AUGAUCUUCUUGUUAAAUCCCACAUUACCUGGAGGAGACUUGAUUUCACCCAAUCUUCUUUCAGUUUUUCCUCUGCUUUGCCAUCUUUCAGUCACAUUCAAAUUGUCAAAUGUUGUUUAUUUGUCCCGACAUUUAAAAAAAUUUCCAAUUGCUCUCCCAGAUCAUUUCCAUAGUUUUCUCUAUAGCAAGCCACAUGUCAAAGCUGUCCUGGAUUCAUUUCUAUGUCUUUCUACUGUUUUCUUUAAUAUUAUCUCUUCCAUUAAUUAUGUUCUACCAAAUUUAUCAAUCAAGGUGUUGCAUUAA